AUGCAGAAGCGCAAGAUCGAACUGCUGAAGAAGCGAAAAGAGGAUGCCGAAAACCUUCGAAAAGAGAAGGAGAAGCAAGAAGCUCAGAGACGACAACAAGAGCUGCAGGUGAAGAAGGAAAAGCAGCGCCUGGAACAGCAGAAGAAGGCCGAAGAGCGCAAGCGACGGGAGGAGGAAGAGCAGCGGAAAAAGAUGGAGGGUGGUUUAGAUCGGAUCCUACAUUCACUGAUGAAGAACGUCAGUGCGCCCGACAUCACCGUCUGCGGCAUCGACCUGAAUCCCGCGCGGCUGCGGCUCCUGGCCAAGAACCUCUCGGAGAACACGUCCUGCCGCUCCAUCGAUCUCAACCGCAAGGGCUUGAUCGACGAUGACGGCGUCUCCUUGGCCGGCAUGUUGGAGAAGAACCAAGGCCUCCUGAAGUUGGAAUGCGAGGGCAACAACCUCGGCGUGCAAGCGGCUGAAAAGAUAGGCGAAGCGCUGCGGAAGAACGACACGCUGCGAAGCCUGAACUUGGAGAGCAACAACCUCACGGCGAGCGGAGGUGAUCAGAAAGGCAUCAUCAAGUUGGCAGAUGCCCUGCAGGAGAACAAGUCCCUGAGGGUCUUGAUGCUCUCCAAGAACGGCAUCACCGCGCAGGCGGGGGAGUACUUCGCCCGGGCCAUCGAGGCCAAUGACAGCCUGACGCUGGUCGACCUGCCUGGGUCCGGCAACGACGCCUCGCCCUCGGUGGAGCAGCUGCGGCGCAUCGACGCCGUGGUGCGGCGGAACCGGGAACGGCUCAGUGGCUCGGCGGGGACCGGGGACGGGGGCGGAGGAGCGACUCAACUGGAAGGGGGGAGUGUAGAGCUAGGUGCAUUGGGGGUGAGGGAUCGUUUUAGAACAUAUCACGAAAGCUAG